GGAGGAAGAAGAGGCGCUGCAGAGACUGUGUCAGCGCUGCCACAUCAUGGCGUCACAGCUGAACAGACAAGCUGCAGCUCUGACCGACGCCACGGCUCUGAAGGACCGGGCCUACGCCUCCUUUGUCUUCGAUAAGCUGCAGUGCCUCCAGUGUCCUCGCCGUGGUCGCCAUGCUUCAGUUGCAGCCCGCUGUGACGUCUGCGGUGCCUCCUUCCAGCAGCUGAGACGCCUCGCUCUGCGGCGUGCUCUGGGCAUCGGCAGCGAGAUGAAGCCUCGCCCUGCUGGCGCCGGCAGCGAGAUGACGCCUCGCCCUGUCAGCGCUAGUGCCUCAGACGAGCUCCCGCCGAAGCAGCAGCGGUGGUCGUAUGAUGAGCGGCCGGGGGGCAGGGCUCUGUGGCGUUGGGGCGAAGUGCAGAGCACCUACCUGGGAGGGGGCGGAGCCAAAGGGCUCGCUACGGUCACACCCCUCCCCCUGAACGCACAGCAACAGCUGGAGGGUGUGUGGAGGGUUUCCUGCUGCACACCUGGAAAUCUGCACGCUACGGUAAGAGGAGAGGGACAAACUGCACGCUACGGUGGGCGGGGAGGGACAAACUGCACGCUACGACCGGCGUCUCAAAGCAUCGCCACCCAGACCAGCCCGCCGCCCUCUGCUGCAGCGGCCUUCUUCCUCCGGGCGGCUCAGAAGCUCAGUCUGUCCCGCAGGAAGAAGUCCCCGCUGGCGCCCGGGGCCCCGCUGGCGCCCGGCGAGGCCCCGGGGCCGCUGCUGUACACCGGCGGCUUCAGUGGCGCCCUGCAGCUCUCCCCCCCCGCCGUCCCACCAUGCCUGCUCCGGGCCGGGACCAAGGUCAAAGACACGCCAGGGAUGGGGAAGGUCCGAGUGAUGGUACGGAUCUGUUCGGUCCACAGCAGCGAGUCCUCAGAGUCCAUGUCCCUCCUCAAAGUGGACAGCAGGAAGAAGCUGCUGACUCUCUGCGAGACCUCAGCCGCUGGACAAACCAACGCCACGGCUCAGAGACGCUCAUCGGCCUCCGCUCCGAAGACCUUCGCCUUCGACGCCAUCUUCUCCCAGGAUGCUUCACAGGCUGAGGUUUGCUCAGGGGCGCUGGCAGAGGUCAUCCAGUCUGUGGUGAACGGAGCAGAUGGCUGCAUCUUCUGCUUCGGACACGCUAACCUUGGUAAGACCUACACCAUGAUUGGCCGGGACUGCUCCACCCAGAGUCUGGGCGUGGCUCCAACUGCCAUCUCUUGGCUCUUUAAGGUGAUCGAGGAGCGCAGGCAGAAGGCCGGCGCUCGUUUCUCCGUUGGAGCAUCUGCCGUGGAGAUCUCUGGUCGGGAGGAGACGCUCGCCGACCUCCUGGCUGAACACCAGGAGGCCCCGGGCCCCGCACUGUCACUGCUGGAAGACCCCCUCUGUGGAUCACAGCUGCAGAACCAGACGGAGCUGCAGGCGAACUCUGCUGAGCAAGCGGCGUUUUACCUGGACGUCGCCGUGGCAGCAAGGAGGAGCAGCCAGGCGCCGAGCGACCAGGAGGCCCGGAGGAACUCCCACUUCCUGUUUACCUUACACCUCUACCAGGAGAGGCUGGACAAGAGCAACAAGGCAGCAAUUUCGGGCCGGAGUCGUCUCCACCUGCUGGAUCUGGGCAGCUGUGAGACGGAUGUCAGCCGGACCCGAGAGGGCAGCGCCGCUCAGUGUCUGUCGCUGUCGGCGCUCGGAAACGUGAUCCUCGCCCUCGCCAACGGCGCCAAGCACGUUCCCUACAGGGACAGUAAGCUCGCCAUGCUGCUCAGUGAAUCCCUCGGAAACAUCAACUGUCGGACCACGAUGAUCGCCCACGUCUCCGACUCGCCGGCCAGCUACAUGGAGACGCUGACCACCGUGCAGCUCGCCGCCCGCAUUCACCGCACCAGGAAGAACAAGUCCAAGAAUGCCUCCAGUUCAUCCGGAGGGGAUAGUUCCUGCGAGGAAGGCCCACCCCAUCGACCUCCUCAUCUCCGACCCUUCCACCCUCGCACUGUUGCCCUCGACCCGGACACGCCCCUUCUGCUGUCCAGCGAUCCCGAGUACUCCUCCAGCAGUGAACACUCCUGCGACACGGUCAUCUACAUCGGGCCAGGAGGGAUGGCCAUCUCAGACCGAGAGCUAAGCGACAACGAGGGACCACCAUCCUCCGUUCCCAUCAUCCCCUCCCUGAACAAAAAGCAAGUCAAAGAUGCACCCAGGUCUGAUAGAGAUCGCUUAAAGUGUAACACGUUUGCAGAGCUGCAGGAGAGACUCGACUGCAUUGAUGGCAGCGAGGGUCCGGCUACGUUUAGCACAGAAGCCAAAGCAGCACAAGCUACAGCGCUCAGGACUCAGACUGGAGUUGUUAAACCCACAGAGGAAACGUCUCCACCCAAAUCUGUUGAGAUUUACCUUCACGGUUUCGUAGAAAGAACAUCAACCACAUGCACCAAUAAACCCGAUCAGGAUCGGAAAUUCCCUUCAGCCGGCAGCCUCGUGGACACUUCCAAACGGACAAGUGCAGAUGGGGAGAAACUUUUAGCCACCCACUUUCAGCCUUGUGUGGUAAAGCAAGGUGGGACUUCUUCUGAGGACUCAGAGCCUGUGGUGCGAGAGAAAGUCUACUUCAGAGGGGGUGUACCCAAGCCGUCAGCCUCACCGUCCAUACCAAGGACAUCCAGGGCAGCACCUCAGCCCGGGGACAUUGUAGGUAGGACUCCCCCAGUGGGUAUGAGCCAACCACUGGGGUCUCCUAACAUGGAAAGGGCUUACAAUCUUCGGGCUGCCCUGUUAGGAAGCUGCCUAGACAGGGAUUUUUUGAGGACUACCGUUACGCUGCAGCAGCCUGUGGAGCUGAAUGGCGAGGAUGAGCUUGUGUUUACAGUCGUAGAGGAGCUUCCUCAUGGUCUUGUCCCAGACAAUGGCCGCCCCUCCAACUCCAACUCCAACCUCCUCAGCUUCAACCGUGAGGCGUUACCCUCUGGAUCUCGGCCUGUAAGCAUCAUCAGCAGUAUAAACGAUGAGUAUGAUGCUUACACAUGUCGACAAGGAGCUGUGGGACCUGAAGUUGGCACUGACUCCCAGGAAGGCUUGUUUUCCCAUCACGGCGACAAACAGUCGACUGUCGGCUCGCGGCCGAGUGAAGUGAGUGCUGAUUUGGCUGAAAGGGACGGCACUCAUUCAAGAAGGAGGCUUUACUUACAGGACAAAAUAAAGGCAUCAGAGGACGCAUCCGUGCCAAGCUUAUUUCAUAAACAGCCGUUGUACGACAUCAAGAGCUCCCUUAAUGACAGUCCCGUCUGUUUCUCAGAGCUGGGCAGUGACCCUGCUCUUCCUAACAAACCUUCUUUUACCUUAUCAGGAACAGAAACUCCAAGGAUGUCAACAUGUCGACCAGGAGCUGUGGGACCUUUGGGGAGAGUUGGAACAGACUCCCAGGAAGUCUUGUUUUCGCAACAUGGCGACAAACAGCCGACUAUUGGCUCGCUGCCAAGUAAAGUGAGUGCCGAUUUGUACGAAAGAGAAGGCACUCGUUCAAAAAACAAGCUUUACUUACGGGACAAAAUCCUAGACACAUCCAUGCUAAGCUCGCCAAGUUUGUUUCAUAAACAGCCAUUUUUGCAGCACAGCAUCAAGAGCUCCCUGAAUGACAGCGGUGUCUGUUUCUCAGAGCUGGAAAGUGACCCUGCUACUCCAAACAAAACUUAUUUUAAGUGCCCUCCAUCUCCAUCUCCAUCCCCAUCCCCCGACUCAACCAAAGCCUUUCUCAAAGGCUCUCCCAAAGUGAGAGCGAGUACUCUGAACAUUUCGGUGUCAGCCCAGAUUCCUCAUCAUGCUGCCCAUUCCAGUCUUCCCAGGAAAAACAAGCCUACCUCAUGUGCACCUGUGGGCUGCAGGAGACAGGAAGGCAGACAUGAUGGCUUUUUGCUUCAGGGAAGCAGUGAGUUUGAUCCCAGAGAGGUUGAGUUUCUCUCUGCAGGUAAGCCACCGAGAAGUGGCAUGAGUAGUGUUUCCUCUAAGAGGCCCGGAGGGAACAGUAAUAGUGUACCCCGCCCACCAAAGGCACAAAUGUCAUCUUCAGCUCAGAGGGUUGUGGAUGGUUGUGAGAAGUCCAACAGCAGGAGAGGAGAUACUCUCAUCAAGCUGCCACGACUCACCCGAGGGGCAACGACUUUAGGAACUGUUUCUGCUCCCCAGAGUUUUGAAUCAAAAUGGUUUCAUGAUGGCACUUCAGUCACAGGAACCCUGAGGUUUUCAUCCUUGGGAAAGAAGUCAAAUGGGCAGAAAAGCAGCAGUGUGAUCUCCAAGUCUGGAUCUGGAAACAUCUCCCCUCCCACACCAGCUGUCAGACAGUCAAGCCAAGAACAAAAGACAAGGACUACGCUAUCUCCAAGUGCCUUUAAAAUUAGUAGCGACACCGGAAAGUUUUCAUUCCCUAGAACAUCGACCUCAGAGGAAGAAUUCAACAACAGGCUUCAGGCAGAUUCAUUUAGCCACAGGACAGCUAGUUUAAAAACUGACCCUGCCAGGACAUCUUCAAGCCUGAAGACACGAGGGGCUAAAGCAGAAUCUUCCAGGUACUAUGGGAGUCUGAUGUCUCUGGAGAGAUAUGACGGUCAAACUUUAGCUGGCUCCAAGCCCGAACUGUCCAGUAGAUCCAACAGAUCAGUGCCAAGACUCGGGAGUCCAGCCUACACCUCCACAUCUGCAUCUUCCUCCGAAGUUUCUCUCGGUGUCUUUGCAACUACAAGCAAACUGGGGCCGGUCAAAGGCAACAACAGCAGCUCGCGAGCAGCACUUUCUGCUGGCUCAAAGGUUCGAACUCUGUCUACUAGCGGUUCAAAGAGCCUGAUCUCCCCGAAACCUCUCGAUAAUACCACUGGACGAAACACCAGCCUACCGCCGACUUUUAAGUCCACAGCUCGGUCGGGGACGGGAGCCAAGACAGGAAGAGGAACCGUCAUGGGCACAAAGCAGGCAAUCAGCAGGGCGGCCAACAGCCGUGUUACUGAGCUAGCCACUAGCCAAAAACUCAACAGGGGGGCAGGAGUAACAAUGAGCGAUGGCACUGACAGCGGGACAAGUAGUGUCAGUGGGUCGCCAAUCAACACACAGCUUCCUUCCCCUUACAGCAAGAUCACAGCGCCCCGAAGGCCGCAACGCUACAGCAGCGGGCACGGCAGCGACAACAGCAGCAUCCUCAGCGGCGAGCUGCCCCCCGCCAUGGGCCGCACCGCCCUGUUUUACCACAGCGGGGGGAGCAGCGGCUAUGAGAGUAUGAUCCGCGACAGCGAGACAACCGGAAGCACGUCUUCAGCGCACGACUCGAUGAGCGAGAGCCGAGCGUCCUCAUCUAACAGAAGCAGGGUUUCUAAAUCGCCCAAGAAGAGAGGAAAUGGUGGUUUCCUGCGACGGCGUCUGAUCCCCGCCCCCCUCCCAGACAGGAAGUGGGCGGAGCUUCCCUCGCUGGGCAGCGCCCUGAAGGAGCCCUUCGAGAUCAAAGUGUACGAGAUCGACGACGUGGAGCGUUUGCAGACGGGCUGGGAGGAGGCAGCGGGGUCAGAGCCUUUCCAAGAUGUCGAAAAAGGUCUGCAGUACUUUAACGUGCGUCUGAGGAUGCUGGAGAAGCGGCAGCAGCAGAUCAGAGAGCUGCAGAGGAAACACGAUCAGCUGAAAGUGGAGCUGGACGAAGCCAAGAGUCGACUGAUGCUGCACAGCGACAAGUGGAGCGGGGACUUCGACGUGGACCCGGCGCUGGACCGGGAGUCUCAGGACUACCUGGAGGCUCUGGUCCAGGCCACGGCGGAGCUGCAGGACUGCGUCGACCUCUGCAAGUCCCGUGUCAUGAUGGAGACCUGCUUCGACAUCGCCGUGACGACGACCAGCGCCGCCUCCGCUGCCGCUCAGCGAGGACGGCCGGAGGUCGAGGUGUGAGCGGAGGCACAGCCAUGGAUGUGUUGACAGAGCCGGAUACCGCACGAUAACAAAGACGUUUGAUCGUCUAAUAGCGACUCAGCGGGCAGAGCAGCAGCUGAAACAUCCAAGAAAACACCCAUAAUGUUCAAAAAGAGACAAAAAGGUCCUAGGAAACUCUACAUCGUUUAAAAAAUUACAAAAACAUUGAAAAAAGCGACCAAA